AUGGACGUUCUACUUGAUGUUCUCAACACGUUCGUAUUUGAUCGACUCUAUGCAGCAAUACUACCUGAUGGCAAGGCAGGUGCUGGGUCCAUCAAUUCAGAUUUCUUGAACCAACAUGUAAAGGUUUAUUUUCCCUUGGAGCCAUCUUCUUGGGCGGAAGCCAGCCUAUUGAAGCGAGACAACAUGGCGAGACAAACAGUAUCGCUAUUUCUGAUGACUUGGUUCUUCGGUCUAGCAAUGUACCUUAUCGGCAGCUUCAUAAUGUACCACACAGUGUAUGACAAGCGCCUUCUCCAGCACCCCCGAUACCUUCCCAACCAAAUUCAGCAAGAGAUCAAACAAGGCUUAUCAGCAAUGCCUGUUAUGGCAAUCCUCACAGCGCCUCUUUUCCUUGCGGAGGUGCGCGGAUGGUCGAAACUCUACAAUUUCGCCAGAGAGGCUCCAUUCCCUGGAUACAACUGGCUGCAAUACCCGCUCUUCAUCUGCUUUACGGACAGUGGGAUCUAUUGGAUCCACCGUGGGCUGCAUCAUCCGCUUGUUUAUCGAUGGCUACAUAAGCCACAUCACAAAUGGGUAGUUCCGACUCCUUUCGCGAGCUAUGCAUUCCAUCCUCUGGAUGGAUGGUCACAAAGUCUGCCAUAUCAUAUCUUCCCCUUCCUUUUUCCCUUACAGAAGGUUGCAUACUUGGGCCUCUUCAUAUUCGUCACUGUUUGGACUGUGCUAAUUCACGAUGCCGAGUACCUUUCAACGUCCGAGAUCAUCAACGGUGCAGCGUGCCACACAAUGCACCACCUUUACUUCAACUAUAAUUAUGGCCAAUACAUCACCAUCUGGGAUCGACUUGGUGGUACAUACCGGAAGCCUGAGGAAGAUACAUUCAUGCGGGAUCAAAAUCAUACCGGGAAGAUCGUUGGCAAAGAUGACUGA